UUGGACUUAAUUGUGCAACACCCUUUCAUGACUCAUUGUGUCAACACCACUGUUUGAAAAAUAACUAUCAUAGAAAUGACUUGCUCUUAUCAAUCCUGAGGCAAUGUGCAGCCCUGGAAGGCUUAGGCUUCUUCCAUGCAUUUUAGCUAGCAUUUUACAUAUAUCACAUAUUAAAGGCAUAUAUAGUAUUGUUCUGCUUAUGUCUGCUGCAGUGUUAUGUUGAACGCAUUUAAGUGAACAACAAGUGUACCUUUGUGCAGCAGUUGAACUAAAACUCUCCCCAACACAAAAACCUGCUCCAAGUCCACCCCACAAACCUAACCCAAAGUCACACAUCAUUCUCAUCUCUCUAAUAUCCGAAAACAGUGUUGAUUUGCUGCAGCCAAGCCAAUGGAUACAGAAGACUUCAGCUUCCCCAAAAUUGGUGGCACUUGUGCAUAUAGCAUUGAUUUACCUCCUCUGUGGAAUAUAUCACCAAAAGACCCUUCUAAUCCCAACCAAGUUCCUAGAGAAGGAAGCAAAGGAGAUGAAAAAGAUUGCUUUGAAGCAAAAUUGAUCUCUAAGGGCCACAGGAAGAGCUUUUCAUGUGUCGAAGAUGGAAAGAAAAUAACAAGAGUAGACCAUGAAGCGGCUCCAAUGGACUUGUUGUGGGAGGUUUUCAAUGAGGAGUUGUCUUCAGCAACAGAGUUUUCUUCCACGUCUUCAAGGGAGAUGGUUGAAUUCAGAUGUGCUACUACAGCCUUAACAGUUGCCAAGACCAACAAGGGUCUUCUUCAAACCAAGAAUAGGCCUGGUAUGGUGGUGAUUGUUAAGGUCUUAAAGAAGUUCUUUUCUCUCAACAACUCUCAUGUAAAGUUAUUUUGGCAAUCAGACUAAUGGCUCUUGAGUAAGAUUGAUUAUGAACCUUCUCUUUUUUGGAACUAAAUUGUUUGGUCAAUUAGAAGUUUUCAACUGUUUCUGUUCCGUGAGGAGUUUAGUGGGCUAAUGCUGUCUCGUCCAAUGCAAUGUGUAUAAAAGUAAAUAUAAAUGACUGAUAAUCUUUCUUUGAUUUAAUAUCAUGAGUUCCCUUUGUACCUUAUGAUUAAGUAAUUAGAUGUUUAUAUUCUAUUUUGGAA